GAUCCUGAACCCGCCUCCGUCUCCGGCCACGGUCCGGUCCCAGUACACGCUGGAGUUCGGCUACUCCUCCAACAGUCCGUCCACCCACCGCUCCUACAGCUACCGGCCGUACACCUACCGUCACUUUGCCCCGCCCACCACGCCCUGCAGCACCGACGUGUGCGACAGCGACUACACGCCGGGCCGCCGGGCGCCGCUCAGACCUGCGGCGGCCUCCAAAGGCUACGCCAGCGACCUGAACUACGACUCGGAGCCGUUCCCGCCGCCGCCCACGCCGCGCAGCCAGUACCUGUCUGCUGAGGAGAACUGUGAGAGCUGCCCGCCGUCACCCUACACCGAGCGCAGCUACUCCCACCACCUGUACCCACCACCCCCCUCGCCCUGCACGGACUCCUCCUGAGCCCCGCCCCCUCUCUGUAAAUAAACAGGAAGUGACUGAUGGGGGCGUGGCCAAACCAUAAAAGGGAAGCAGAGGGCGGCGAGCUGUUGAACUUUUGUACAUUAAGAAGAGAAACAUAUUUAUAUAUUUUCUAUCCAGUGUUGACUGAUGAUGUCAUGGAUGAUGUCAUACAUCCAUGACAUCAUCCAUGACCUCACAGCUGUUUGUAUAAGAAAUUUGUACAUUUUUAACUAAAGUUUUUAUUCACAUCAUCAAA